AUGUCGUCGUCGUUCAAGCCCAACCCCCUCUCGCUGAGCGUCCCGGACCCCGCUCUCGACCGCUGGCUCCGCGACUCCGGCUACCUCGACCUCCUCGACUCCUCCGCCCCCGCACCCGCCGCCGCCGCCCCCACACGCGCCAGCCCCGCAUCCACCUCCUCGGGGGCCGGCGCCGCCGCCGACGUCCUCGCCUUCGCGCGCACCCUAGCCUCUCUUCUCGCGCUCAACCCCUUUGCGUGCCUCUCCGCCGCCGACCUCGCCGCGCCCACCCCCUCCUGGUCCCUCGCCUUUAUCGGCGCUCCCGGCGUCGCCUCCUACUCCUGGCCCCCGACCCCCACCCAGGCCCGACUCCGCGUCCAGGAGAACGUCCGCCGCUACGCCCGCAACUAUGCCGCGCUAUCCGUCCUCGUCUUCGCCUGCUGCCUGUACCGGAUGCCUAUGUCGCUGCUGGGGUUGCUGGCCAGCCUCGCCGUGUGGGAGGCUGUGCGGUACUGCCGGAAGCGGUGGGAGCUCGCCACACGAGCGCCCGGAAUUGGGCAGGCUCUUCUGCACUGUGCCCAGAUUGUGCAUACAUUGAUGGGAGUUGCUUGUUGCUCAUUGUGUAACUUGAAAUCUCAGAUGCAAUGGCGCAAGUGCAGCAACCUGGUUUUCGAUGCGUAA